UGAAAUUAGGGUAGCUAUUUAAAGACGCUUUUGUGAACUAGAUCAUUUUUGGCUACGGGCAAAGCCACAAUCUUAUAAAUCUAAAAUCAAGAGCCUUCCCUCAUAGUAACCGCAGUUUCACAAGUAUCUCAAGUGCCCAAUGUUAGUUUGGUGAUCCACCCAUGAGCAAUAAGUUCUAAGCAAUAAAUUGUGAGGUAUAAAAAAUUAGUUAUAAGUUUUGCUACAAAAAACCAUUCGAAAUACUAAUAAAGAGUGAUACUCGUGAAUUUUCAAAGCAAUUAAGAUCAUGUCAUUUGAUGAUUCCAGCCUUAAAUAUUAUAGUGAGCAAGAUGUAUUCAUUGAUACAGCCAGUGCCUUAAUCAGUGAUAACUAAAUUACUGUGUGAUUUGAAUUGGAUACGUAUCGACGACCAUCUGUACGACUGGCUGCGAUAGCUGAAACAAUAAGCGGUAAUUGACUGGGACGUGGUGACCUCGGCGGCUACGUGCCCAAACAAUUCGUAUUAAAAUGCAUGACUGUUGAUGAGAUGAGAUGAUGAGAGUGAGUAACUCUCAGUGGCCAACUGAUGGCCAGGACGGAUGCCCGUACAUUUGUGUUCGCUAUUGUUGUGUUGUUGUGCAACCUACUUAUUUGGCAACCUCAUUUGGCUACGUAUCCUUCGACAAGAAAACUAUUAUAGAAAAGAAUAUGAUCAGUAACUUCUUAGCAAUUCGCUGAUUCUGGAAUUAAACUAUGCCUAAAGGUCAAACAGGACCCUAAACUUACUUUAUAUGAUUAUUUAUUGUGUAGAUAUAACCAUUACCAUAAUAAACAAUAAGAAAUCAGAAUCUAUCAGGUCAACAAGGAACAGUCUACUGAAUAACCCAUCAAAAAGUAAACCAAAGGCUCACUGCAGUAAAAACGUCGCUAAAGACGAUACUGACGAAAAUCAAAAAUCCAAAAGUUAUAAAAAUACAAUGGCAUAUAAAUUAAUUUGGCUUAGUACAGCAAGGCCAAUUUGCGUGCAAUUAUAAACUGUAAAAAAGACUUUCAGAUUUCAAAAAGAGAACUCUAAUAGAACUUGACCGUCCAAAACUCGAUUUAGAAUCAAUCGUAACAGAAGCACGCCCAGAAAAUAUUCGUGAUUUAACAGAGAUAACAAUAAGAACCAACGAUUUGCUUUCUCAUUUAGUUAUACCUACGAUAUGUUAGAAUGUAAUGCCUGUUCCGCUUGCAUUUUCCCCGCCACAUCAAGACAAGCGCAGACGGAUAUAGUCAAAACACAGAUAUAUUUUGCGAUUCAACUUACUACAUUCUGAAGAUUUGUUAACUGUAACUACUUGUGCAUCUACAUGAAAGUGAAGGAUUGAGGCAAAAAUCUCAAGUACAAAAGUCAAAUACAAAAAUAAGUCCAUAAAAAAUGACUCCAGUCACUGAUCAAGAACGAAAAAUAAUCAUCGAAUUCUGCCACUUGCUAGAAAAAUCCAAGCAAUUGUUCAACGGUUUAAGAGAGCUCCCACCUUACGGCCAUAAGCAAUGGCACGUCCAUUUUGGCCGCACAUUCGACAUCUACUCUAAGUUAUGGAAAUACCAGCAGCAGCAUCGUCUACUGCUGGACACUCGUUAUGGAUUAAAGAGAUGGCAAAUCGGAGAAGUUGCUUCCAAAAUAGGACAGCUUUAUUACCAUUAUUACUUACGAACGAGUGACACCACAUACCUGGUAGAAUCAUACUCGUUCUAUUCCGCAAUAAGAGGGAGACAUUACUACCAUCUAGCCAGUAAAGAGAUAAGAUGCGAACUAAUGGUGAAAAAAUUACGAUUCUAUGCAAGAUUCAUCGUCGUGGCUAUACUCCUACAACAGCCAGUCAUUAUAGAUGAACUGGUUUCUGAACUGGAUAAGCAGGUUGUUGCGUAUGGACAUGUGUAUGAUCCGAAUGACCAAGCAGAAUGGUUCAAUGUUCUGGCUGAAGUGAAAGCAUUUUUGGUUGCUGAACCUGGUGUCACUGUUAUUGAUCCUAUCGAUAGGAAUAGAGUUGUCACCAUUGGCGGGCGAAUCAAUAACCUGACCGUGCCGCCAUUGGAACGAACUUCACAAAUGUAUUUGACCCUCCAAGAUGCAAUUAUAAUUGGUAGCGGCACACAACUCGUGAAAUUCUCGGAGCUCACAAUAGACAUGUUCCGGAUGGUACAAAACUUGGAGUGGGAAGUUAAUGUUCCUUCCAGGAAUCCAUCUGGAGGAUCACCGAAAGACAAGCAGAGAAGUGGCAUGGCAUCGUGUGAGCAGCUCAAAAGUGCAUCGCAGUGUCGAGGAGUAAUGGUUGAAGACGAGUCGAGGCACGUCAACCCCCACAAGUUUCUUUUAUUUAAGCCAUCUGCAAAUCAAGUCUUAAUUUACUUGGCAAGCUGCUGCAAUGAUCUCCCACCCAAUGGGGCCCUACUCGUUUAUAUUUCAGCUAACGGCCAUCCUCCACAACAGAACAAACAUAUUGAAGACUAUGGCUACGACAUCGGAGGUGUCAUAACUUCUUCGAAAUCAGACAUAUACAGAGAAUACAACAAAGAAACUAAAGGUCCCGCUCUCAAAGGCAAAGAACCUCAGAUCCUAUACCCUGGAGACUUACAUCCAUUCACAAGGAAGCCUCUUUUUGUAAUUGUGGAUUCUGACAAUUCUUAUGCCUAUCAACAUAUCCCUAGGAUUUUCGGCCAACCGUUAGUUAUUCUGAUGUCACCAUUAUCAAUACCCUCUAACCUUAUCGAUAGGAAAAACCAAGGGAGCAUAUUCACUCUGUUCCUUCACAACCCGAUAGCUGGACUGUGCAACUCUUGCGAUGUGUACACCAUUGAUAUAACUACUUGGCAGCGAUGCGUGCCACUACGCGACACCUUCAUGAAAGAAGCUACCAAAUUACUGAUGAGAGUACGAAUAGAUCCCAUGUUCUACGCAUUUUUGGGUGAUAUACACCUAAGGCUAUUAUUACUGCGAUAUAUCUUCUGCGAAUGCGCAUUGCGUAUGCAUAAGAGUUUUCGCGCUAGAACCAAUUUGCCUCGGUCCGUGCCACCCUUGCCUGAAGAGCUGUUCAUGCAAGAGACACUGGUAGCAAAGGUCCUGAGUAUGACUGAGUUAAUUGGGAUCAAGACUUGCUUUUUUGACCCCCUAGCGGCGGGCCCAUCCACCACGGACUAGACUUGAGAAAUCGCCUUUGUUUUGUAGAUGACAGUGAUUGAAAGUUGAAAAGCAGAAGUGUUUAAAAAGGGACUAAAAAUGAGUGCGUUUCUUGUUAAAGCUCUGAAAAGAACCUAAAAAUCUGUAACUAUACUGGAAUCAUACACAAUUCUUUCUAUAUCGUGUAUUAUUCCAGUACAGUUAAACCAACAUAUGAACUCAACAUUCAUGUAAAUGCAUAUGCAUAUUAAUAUAUACAUAGCUGCUCAUCACUCGUUCUGAUUCAUUGACUGACUAAGUCAUUGAUCACCUCUUCUGUAAAAUUUUAACAAGGUCCUCAGUCCUGUAAACAAGGUCCGCAUUUUGAAAAACCAACGCUGCAUGCUCGCGGACCACUUGAGUGGUCCGCGCACCCACGCGCCCUAUUCAAGAAACAUCAUUACAAGAAACUUUGGAAAACAUUUUAUAAAAAUCUUUAUGUUAGAAUAUACCUAGAUUCUAAAAGGAAUUAAUUGUAAUAUGCAUUUCUUCGCAUUUCUAAUAUUUAAGAUCUCAUUUUCACUUUCUCCUUCACGGUAUUGGUUCCUCUAUGAAAUCACGUAUUUUGGAUAUAAUAAUAUAAUCUUCAAAUAAAUCUUUACCCUACUUAAUGGCCGUUUAUUAGAGUAAUCAUACUCAUUAAAACAGACGACACUUACGUUAUUAUAGCAUGUAUGUAACAUCAUAACUAAUAUUUCAUACAUACUCGUAUGUAGGUAAUAACCUAACGCACCUAUCAUCGCUUACAAAGUAGCUUAUCGCAUACUAGUUUGAAGGAUAAUUCAGUACUGGAAGAGUAAAUUGUUGUUCAAAGGGCUGUCAAGUUUUAAUGCAUUUCAGAACUAUGUAUUUGAAUAAACAGCGUGAGUUUGUUUUUCAUUUAACACAGGUUAACUUACACUAUACUUCUGUUGAAUCAUACAUACUUAUAGUAGAGUAUAUUUAUUAUUAGAUUUAUAAAUAAAAAAAAUCGCAUUGGCAGAUAAGUUUUAUCUAUAAUAUUUAUCCAAUGUUAAACUAUUUUUGAAUUAUAAUUAAUAGAUAUAUGGUUGUUUUAUAUACUAAGUAUGUUAUU